AGUUAUCCGACUCUACAAUCACUUAUCGUUCAAUCCACCAUGCUUUGCUGUCUGGUGUUGUGAAGCAAUGUUAUUUCCCAAAACUUACAAUGAAAAUCCCGUUGAACAUAACACCAUUAAUGUUGUUUCAUCUAGUGGUUUGCAAAAACAUUUAGGCGUUUUAAUCAAAGUGGGUGAUAGUUUAUUUUCAGCUCUGGAUGAUUCAUCUCGGUAUAAACGAUAUCUUAGUAACUAUCUGAAAGAGGCAAAACGUGUAAUCAUGCACAUGUACCUGGAGUUGUCUGCGUCAACCAAAAAAUAUACAUUAAUCCUUGCCAAGUUGAAUCACUAUUUUCCCGCAUCAGACUUAGCUACCGAAGUUCAGGAUUUUCGACUACGCUUUGUAAAACUCUUGGCGUCGGAGUUUAAGAUUAACCGUUAUCUAACUGAAAGAUGGCUUCCUGUUAAAUCUGAUAUUCUUAGAAAACUACAGGAUAUGGCCUUUGAUAUUGCCAAACAAAUACCCGAAGUGAUGUUGGAUAAAGUUGGUUCAUAUGAAUCGGUCUACAUAGAUAAGAUACUCGUAAAGCGAAACACACUUCUAUCUCUUAUUAUGCGUCAACAGCUACUUUCAAAAUCUUCGUGUUCAGCAGAAGAUAUUUUUGAAAUUAUUCAUGCCUACAACUCUCAAUCGUGUCCUUCUCUGUUAAUUUGAAGUGGAAAGUUAACCGGUGAUUAUUGCAUUUGAAUUAAAUUAUUCUUGUAUAUGUUAUUUAAAAAUUGUACUAUAGUUCUAUUUUGUUUCGUUUAUUUGUACACUUUGAUUCUGUUUCCUGGGUAGUGCAGUAACUUUAUGUUCAUCGUCAUUGUACAUAUAAUUCUUUGUUUUGUUGUUGUUAGUUAAUGCUAACUUUUAAAUACGAUGAAUUACUG